AUGCCGCUGAAGAAUCCCUUUCAAGGCAUCGCUUGUUUCGCCCCCACCAAACGUUCGCGCAGUCCCAGCAACAGCAGGAAUGACAGCGACGAGGCUUCCGAAAGUUGCCUCACACUUCAAGACUUCACAUGGAAUGUGGAAAAUAUUUCCAAUGUGAAUGGUGAAGAGGUCAAACGACUCAGCAGUAUUCGCCGGACCGUCAAUUCUCUCGCUGACGACGUUCAGAAGGAAAGUUCUGAGCUGCUCGACCUUGUACGCGAGUCCUAUCACUCAGAGGCGGAGUCUGUGUGUUCAGGACAGCCCAAGCAGGGCAUUCAAGAGGCUAGAGAUGAUACCCCUCAGCACCCGGGCAGUGAUGAUGUGCGUUCAGCUAUUCGAGAAUCCUUAUGCAGCACCAACCAGUCUCUAGCCGCUCUUCAAGGCUCAGACUGUGUUCCAAAACCCCCGGAAUGUCCCACUGCGUCGCCAACUCUCGGAUUUCUACGACAACUGGGGUGUAUAUCCCAAACCCUAUCUCGAGACGUUCGUAUGUUGGCCAUGAAAAAGCGUACUGAAAACCGACCCCCAGCUUGUUGUAACCCCUGUCCGCCUCCGCCGCCUCCGCCGCCGCCGCCAAACAAUGAAAGCAGCCUCGUCAUUCUGAGGGCUCUGGGGGAACUGAAUGCCUGCACCCAAUCGCUUGUGAGGGAGGUCGGCGCAACAACGAUGCGCAUGCUGGAGGACAGUGCCCGCCUCAAAUGUUGCCCUCCACCACCUCCACCUCCACCGCCGCCGCCCCCGCCGCCGCCCCCACCGCCGCCACCUCCACCGCCCCCGCCCAAAGUCGACCCCAUCAUCCUGCAAAACCUACUGGAGAUCAGGUACGGUAUUGAAAACCUCCAAAGGGAAAUGCGCGAGGAGGUAUUGCGAGCAAGGCAGGCUGCUAAGAAGGCCCGGGAAUCAAAGCCCGUCAUUCAGGAGACUUUUGAUGUUAUCAAGGAGAGUAUCCGAGCUCUGAGCGUUCCUUCACAGUCCCAGAUGCAGGCAACGGCUGCUGCCCAGAUGGCGGCUGCUGCGGCAGCACAACGAGCCCAGGAGGCGGAGGAGGAGGCCGACGACGAGAUGCAGCGCAUGAUGCGAGAGAUCCGCGACAGCAUUUUUUCAAUUGAAAACCGUGAACACAGAUCGUUGUACGCUGAACCAGAGCCUGUGUCUAUCUACGAUGGGCAGGGGCUGGUGGGGACAGGUAGCCUUGUGAGUCGUAGAUCGGUCCCCUACAGCAGGGGCAGUCGUGCCUACUCAAUAGGUGGCCCUCGCGAAACGUUACCACCACUCCCGGCUCCAGAAACGGCAUACCUAACUAGUCUUAGCCUUGGAUCCCAGGCCCCAAGUUUUGCGCCAUCUAUUGUGGCACCACAUUCGGCUUCCAUGGUAUCGGCACCCGGGGCGCCCUCGUGGCAAAGUCCAGCAGCGCAAUCAGUAUAUGGGAAUAGUAUUAACUUGGGAUCUCAGGCCCUGAACCCCACUCCAUCCAUUGUGGGACCACAUUCGGCUUCCAUGGUAUCGGCACCCGGGGCGCCCUCGUGGCAAAGUCCAGCAGCGCAAUCAGUAUAUGGGAAUAGUAUUAACUUGGGAUCUCAGGCCCUGAACCCUACUCCGUCCAUUGUGGCACCACAUUCGGCUUCCAUGGCAUCGGCACCCGGGGAGCCCUCAUGGCAAAGUCCAGCGGCGCAAUCAGGAUAUGGGAAUAGUACUAACUUGGGAUCUCAGGCCCUGAACCCCACACCGUCCAUUGUGGUACCACAGUCAGUUUCUAGGGCAUCGGUGACAGCCUUGUCUCAGGCGUCGCAACCACCUCCACAAGAGUAG